GAGAGAGAGAGAGAGAGAGAGAGAGAGGGAGAUUUUGUGAAUCUGUCUGGUGAUUUUUCUGAUUUAUUUCUUAUGGACGCUCAACUCCACCCUGUCUGUAGUUGAGGGAUAAACGAAUGCAUGGAGCAUGUUUUCGAGAAACCCUUAGGAUCUGUCGGAGAUGGGCUGAUAUUAUGGCAAUUUGGAAGAAGGACUUUUGCAUUGAAUGACAUUGCAAAUGGGCAAUGGCGCUGCGAUGGCUAUGGAUGUUAGUGCCAUGGAGAGGAGAUUGGAACCCACGAUCAAAAGGACCCGGACAAGAAGAGGAACGACACGUUCGGGCCAAUGAUCGGGACUACAAUGAGCGCUUCAAUUAUGCUGACAAUCGCAUCAAGACAGCAAAAUAUAACGUCUUCACCUUCCUGCCCACCAACCUGUUUGAGCAGUUUCAGCGUUUCGCGAAUGCCUACUUCUUAGUUCUCCUGAUAUUACAGUUAAUUCCAGAAAUCUCCUCUUUGUCCUGGUUCACUACCAUUGUGCCUUUGGUGUUGGUUUUGGCUAUCACAGCUGUCAAAGAUGCUACCGACGACUAUUUUCGCCAUAAAAGUGACCAACAAGUCAAUACCCGGCAGUCUCAGGUACUCAUCAAAGGAAAGUUACAGAAUGAAAAAUGGAUGAAUGUAAGAGUCGGGGAUAUUAUCAAACUUGAGAACAAUCAGUUUGUUGCUGCUGACCUUCUCCUUCUCUCCAGCAGCGAGCCCUAUGGACUUUGCUAUAUCGAGACCGCAGAACUUGACGGGGAGACGAACCUGAAGGUGCGUCAGGCUUUGACUGUAACCUCAGACCUCGGGGAUGAUGUCGCGAAGCUCGCCGACUUUAAUGGGGAAGUCAUCUGCGAACCUCCAAACAAUAAAUUGGACAAGUUUACAGGGACACUAUACUGGAAUGAUAAUAAGUACUCACUGGACAAUGAGAAGAUGCUCUUGAGAGGCUGCGUGCUCCGUAAUACUGAGUGGUGUUUUGGAUUGGUUAUCUUCGCAGGUCUCCAAACUAAGCUGAUGCAAAACUGUGGAAGGACGAAAUUCAAAAGAACAAGUAUUGAUAGGCUGAUGAACACUUUAGUGCUGUGGAUCUUUGGAUUCCUCAUCUGUAUGGGAAUCAUCUUGGCCAUUGGAAACACCAUUUGGGAGGAGAAAGUUGGCAGCAACUUCUGGGCGUAUCUUCAGUGGAACGAACUCACUAGCAAUGCAAUCUUCUCUGGCUUCCUGACCUUCUGGUCCUACAUUAUCAUCCUUAAUACUGUUGUACCAAUCUCACUAUAUGUUAGUGUUGAAGUUUUGCGGCUGGGACACAGCUACUUUAUAAACUGGGACAGACGCAUGUACUACAGCCCUAAGGACACACCUGCCGAAGCUCGGACCACCACCCUCAAUGAGGAAUUGGGUCAGGUGGAAUUCAUCUUUUCGGAUAAAACAGGGACCCUCACCCAAAACAUCAUGGUGUUUAAUAAGUGUUCCAUCAAUGGCAAGACUUAUGGCGAAGUUUACGAUGAAUUUGGGCAUAAAGUAGAUAUUACAGAGAAAACACCAUGUGUGGACUUCUCCUUCAAUCCGCUGAUGGACCGGAAGUUUCGUUUCCAUGACAGCAGCUUGGUUGAGGCCAUCAAACUGGAAGAGCCUCUGGUGCAGGAAUUCUUCCGACUGUUAGCGCUCUGUCACACUGUCAUGCCAGAAGAGAGGAAUGAAGGUGAGCUGGUGUAUCAGGCACAAUCUCCAGAUGAAGGAGCUCUGGUCACAGCGGCACGAAACUUCGGAUUUGUGUUUCGGUCCAGAACCCCAGAAACCAUCACUUUAUAUGAGAUGGGUCAACCGGUUACCUACCAACUACUGGCCAUUUUAGACUUCAACAACAUCCGCAAAAGAAUGAGCGUUAUUGUGAGAAACCCAAAUGGGCAGCUAAGGCUUUACUCAAAAGGAGCAGACACAAUACUCUUUGACAGGCUGGACCCGUCUAAUGAAGAGCUUAUGUAUACUACCUCAGAGCACCUUAAUGAGUUUGCCGGGGAGGGUCUGAGAACGUUAGCGCUCGCUUACAAAGACCUGGAUGAGGAUGUAUUUGAUGAAUGGAUGAAGCAACUCCUGUUUGCCAGCACGGCGCUGGAUAACAGAGAAGAAAAACUCGGGGCCCUGUAUGAAGAAAUAGAGCAGGGCAUGAUGCUGCUUGGUGCUACAGCCAUAGAGGACAAACUACAAGAUGGCGUUCCAGAGACUAUUGCCUGUCUGACCUUGGCCAACAUCAAGAUCUGGGUGCUAACAGGGGACAAACUAGAGACGGCAAUGAACAUUGGCUACUCCUGCAACAUGCUCAGAGAUGACAUGAAUGAGGUGUUUAUAAUCUCAGGUCACACCACGCUUGAGGUCCAACGAGAGCUCAGGGCUGCAAAAGAAACAAUCAUGGGACCCAGCAGAGAUAAAUUCAGCAGCGAUCCUAACAUGGAAAAGACAGAAUUAUACUCAAGUGACUCUGUCUUUGAAGAGACCAUCAUUGCAGAGUAUGCUUUAGUUAUUAAUGGACACAGUUUGGCUCAUGCCCUGGAGGCAGACCUGGAGCAGAUUCUGGUAGAUGUGGCGUGCCUGUGUAAGACUGUGAUCUGCUGUAGAGUCACUCCACUUCAGAAAGCUCUUGUGGUUGAGCUCAUAAAGAGGCAUAAGAGAGCUGUCACGCUCGCCAUCGGUGAUGGAGCCAAUGACGUCAGUAUGAUCAAGACGGCUCAUAUCGGUGUGGGCAUCAGCGGACAGGAGGGAAUGCAGGCGGUGUUGGCCUCCGAUUACUCCUUCGCCCAGUUCCGUUACCUGCACCGCCUCCUGCUGGUCCAUGGGCGCUGGUCCUACCACCGCAUGUGCAACUUCCUCUGCUACUUCUUUUACAAGAACUUCGCCUUCACGCUAGUUCAUUUCUGGUACGGAUUUCUCUGUGGAUUCUCAGCACAGACUGUAUACGACCAAUGGUUCAUCACACUUUUCAACAUAGUCUACACUUCACUUCCUGUGCUGGCCAUGGGCAUGUUUGACCAGGAUGUAAAUGAGCAGUUCAGCUUACGCUAUCCAAAUCUGUAUAGACCAGGACAACUCAACCAGCUUUUCAACAAGAGGAAGUUUUUCAUCUGCACACUGCAUGGCGUCUGCACGUCUUUCAUUCUUUUCUUCAUCCCGUACGGAGCCUUCAUGUCCGCUGUGCGGGAAGACGGCACCAACAUCUCCGAUCAGCAAGCAUUUGCCGUCACCAUAGCAACGUCUUUAGUCAUUGUGGUCAGUGUCCAGAUUGGCAUUGACACAAACUUCUGGACCGCUGUGAAUCAUUUCUUCAUAUGGGGAAGUCUAGCUGUUUACUUUGCAAUACUUUUUGCAAUGCACAGCAAUGGCAUUUACAGCAUAUUCCCAAUCCAGUUCCCAUUUAUUGGCACGGCACGUAACUCUCUAAAUCAGAAGUUUGUGUGGCUGGUUAUCUUCCUCACCACUGUUGUGUGUAUAAUGCCUAUGGUGGCCGUCCGAUUCAUCAAGACCGACUGCUAUCCUACGCAGACUGAUAAGGUGCGUUUACUUCAGCAGGCCACUAGGAGGCAGCGUCCUCAAGAGCAGAACCUCAGGAGAGUCCGCAGGACGAGUUCUCGACGCUCGGCGUACGCUUUCGCCCACCAGCAGGGAUACGGGGAACUCAUCACCUCUGGCAGGAACAUGAAGGUGCACACAUCUUCUACAUCCACGUACCCUCUGUCCUCUCCCGAAAGACGCCCCGCCACCAGGGAUUCCCUGAAUGAUACCACCGCUACAACAGGGGUGACCAACGACGCUGGAUUAAGGAGGGAAUUUGACCAAAGUCAAAAGAUAACAGUGGAAGACUUGGAGGACAGAUGAAGAACUGAAGAUACUUCGUAACUGUCACAAAGCUCCUUAAUGUGAGAAUUCGAUUUAGGACUCCUAAAGAUGCCCUUAAGCACUACUGGACUGUGGGGAAAUGGACACAGGAGACUCCAAAGAGCCAGCAUAAUAGAAAAGCACAGAUAACACUAAUUUCCUCAUUUUUACCCUCAUGCACAUCUGAUAACGCAUCAGUUUGUUUUGUAACGCUUCAUUGAAUUUGGAAAUGAACCUAAGUUUCAUUUCGAUUCAAUUUUGUCUUCUAUCUUCUGGCACAGAUUCACAACUGCAAUGUAUUCCUCAAAACGCACCUUUGUUUCCAGAUUUAAAAACUUCCUUUAAUGGAUCAAAAAGCAUUGCACACUAAUUCACUUACAGUUAUUUUAAGGAUUAGAAAAACUAAAUCCAAGUCAAUAGUGGUGGAUAUAAUUUCAACAUUUUGUAGAGUUGUUCUACAAAAAAUCAGACUGCAUAAAUAUCAGGGAGCAAAAACGUACAAGUUACAUGUAAAAUAUGACCUCUUAGUCUGAUAGAGGCGAUGCAGCCAUCCACAUCGGUAAAUGAUUUCGAAUGCACUGCACAAAUGUUUUUCCUUUAAUCUUUAAAGGGACACUCCACUUUU